AUGACCUUUGGAAUGGCUAUCCUGGGCCCCAAAGGAAUGUUCGAGUGGGCUGUCCUCAUUGCGCCUCUUUAUUGGUGGGGAGCUGAUAUAUAUAUAUUAGCGCAAACAGAAAACCUAUAUCGUCCGAUUUACGUUCAAAUGGGAUACCCUGCUGUCCGCACAGGAUGGCCUCCUAUAUUUCCAGAACACUCUCGCUUCCUCUAUGCGGUUGGGCUCAACUAUGGAGGACAGGUGGACACCCACCAGUCCAAAACACGGGACCCCUCAGAACUGUCCGAAUGUACAUAUCCAGAGCCGCUGGACAUUCCUGCCUUGAAGGAUAUCAACGACCUCGGCGAUUGGGUCAUGGCACAUUCAGAUCUCAAAAUCCCCAGUCCAUCUUCCUUGGCGAGUGCCUUCCAACAUGCUCCCCAAACACUCAAGGUGGAAGCAGAAUCCGGACCUCCACGUGCACCUAUCCGGUUGGGAAGGGCAUAUCCCAGCCAUUUAGCUAACGUUCCUUCUCAGCUCGACAAGAAUGAAGGAGAAUCGCCAUUCCCUAUCAAGGAAAGUCCCGACAAUCCACCCUCGACCCCACAAGAGAACAGGGUGUCUUCGACCUCUUUCCAAUCUGGAAGCCCUCCUCAUUAUCCACCUGGUCUCCGACUCCUCCACAAUGGACUCACUCAGGGGACCUUGCCAUUCGCGGCGAUUGAGGAUUUACCAAAAGGAUUGAGUCUGAGCUUCGAACGACCGCUGUCUGGGUGGAAUAUAGAGAAUGGAGGAAUGGUGGAGUUCCUCACUGAACCCGAGUAUUGUAUGGAUGACAUGCUCAGGAACGACGUUGAACAACAGCUCCUUUAG